GGAAUCUACCACUAAAUCAAUAGACAUACAGACAUUUGCUUCGUGCAGAUCUUGAGCGACUUUACUGCAUUUUGUUCAUCAAAAUAACAAAUUUCAUCAGCUUUCCUGCCUUUGAAUCACUUUAGAUGCAAUUGUGAAAUGGUUUCCCGAGUUUACAAUCCGAGUAAUCUGCAGUCACCCAAGUCAGUUUUCUUUUAACCGUCAAUCGGUUGAGACAACAAAAACUUAAGAUCGCUUCUGCGUAGUGUCGUGAAUAAGAAAUGUUCUUUUAUCACCGGAGUGCAAUUGCUAUAAAUAACCGGUUCAAACGUUUCUAUAUCUUUUCAAACGGGAAUUACUUUGUAUAGUGCGCCAAGUAUAUGUUCUGCUUGGAGGCCCUCGAGCACACAAGCAAACCUUUGUAGGCUGAUAAAGGCUUCACACCCAGCGAGCGGGUAGGAAACGAGAAUCAUGGCGUCAUUCUUCAGCCUCUUCGAUCCAGCGCAGUCCGAUGAGGUAUACGCCAGUGACGAUGAUGAUAUGAACAACAACAGCAAUAGUCAAAGUGAUAGCGAUAGCAAUAGUAACUUCUCAUGCAGCCCAAAAAUUGAAAUUGAUUUCGACAAAGGAAGUCUUCCACCCGAACCUCAACAAGGAAAUGUCGAAUAUAAAUUGAAACUUAUCAGUCCUUCUAAGCAGCGUUUCGAGCACUUGGUGACACAAAUGAAAUGGAGGCUACGAGAGGGUCAUGGAGAAGCUAUAUACGAAAUAGGAGUCUCGGAUUCAGGACAUCUUCAUGGAUUGGCUGACAAUGACAUGACUGCAUCACUGCAAACACUACAACAAAUGGCUCAAAAGCUCGGUGCAUCUACGACAGUUUUACGAAGGAAAUCAUUAGGCAAUAGACGUUCUGUAGUUGAAGUCCUCGUGCGAAGGAUUCCGGAUGAUCAACACAAUAUUGAAGUUAGACUUGCAGUCCUCGGCGGUGCAGAUGCUGGUAAAUCUACACUAUUAGGGGUACUUACUCAAGGCGAAUAUGAUAACGGACGAGGGCGAGCCCGUUUGAACAUGUUUCGCCAUAUGCAUGAAAUUCAAUCUGGACGCACCUCAUGCAUAUCACACGAAACUUUGGGCUUUGAUGCUGAAGGAAAUGUCAUAAACUACAAAUAUAACGAAAUGAUGACGUCCGAAGAAAUAAGUGAUCGAUCCACAAAACUUGUAACUUUCAUGGAUUUGGCUGGACACCGGCGAUAUUUAAAAACGACGGUGCAGGCGCUGUCGGGAUACUCCCCACAUUAUGCAAUGCUAGUAGUGUCAGCCGUAUCCGGUUUCAGUGUUAUGGCAAAAGAGCAUCUCUCACUUGUCCGAGCCUUGGAAAUGCCAUUUUUCGUGGUCAUAACAAAAGUUGACAUCAAAUCGCCUGACGACACCCUACAGGAGCUCAAAAAUAUCCUCACAUCUGUAGGUUGUCGCAAAGUCCCAUUCGUUGUUCAAUCAGACGAUGACGUGCUCACUGCCGGAUCAAAUUUCUCAUCCGAAAAAGUUGUUCCCAUAUUUUGCGUUUCUAACGUUACAGGAACAGCAUUGAACCUUUUAACAGAGUUUCUCUAUGUCCUAUCUCCCGGAAUAAGCAAUGCAGAGAAAGAACGACUUGAGCAAGAAGCAGGUGAAUUCCAGGUUGACGAAAUCUUCCGAGUAGCAGGAGUUGGAAAUGUAUUAGGAGGCCUUUUGGUGAAGGGAGUUUUAACAGAGAAAAUGCGAAUGCAGUUGGGUCCACUGCGGGACGGUUCGUUCAUGCCAGUCGUUGUACGAUCAAUCCAUCGAAAUCGAGCGCAAUGCCGAGUGGUACGAGCUGGCCAGAGUGCUUCAUUAGCAUUUACACAGAAUACUAAGCUUCCGCCGCUAAGGAGCGGUAUGGUACUGCUAUCAGAUAAUGGAAAUGAGAACGAUUCUGCUCCGUAUGGAACCUAUUUCUUUCAGGCUAAAGUUGCCGUGCUCUUCCACGCUACUGCCAUCUACGUCGGCUUCCAAACAACCGUUCACAUCGGCAGCAUCCGACAAACAGCCAUAAUUCGCGGAAUAAUGGGCGGCGGAAAAAUUGGAACCAAUGAUAGUGCAUCCGUAAUGUUCGAGUUUGUUUGCCAUCCAGAAUAUGUACGGCCCGGCAUGCGCGUUCUAUUCCGUGAAGGAGAAACCAAGGGAAUUGGGCAUGUGACGCAAGUUUUCCCACUUAAUCGUAAAUUCAAUUAAGUAGAGUCAGGAGUACAUGGAUUAAAGCAAAUUUUCAACUAAUAUUAACACUUUCUUGAGAAAUUUUAACAGAAAAGGAGGAGAUGAAACCGAAUAUGUUUAAACUAAUCAAUAGCUUAAUUGUCUUGAAAUAUUUUCAUGUGUUUGGAAACGAGAAACAUAUCUGUGAUUUGAAUGUUAGGAAAAGUAUGAUUUUUGUUUUACUAGGAGUUAGUAUUAAUUUUACCCAAAAAGGAAGCAGGAAAAACAAGCACAUUUUGCGACUCUGUGAGGAAAUCUCGCGAUUCAUUCAUUGACAUCUGCCAAUUGCUGUCGAUAGUUAUUGUAAUUAAAAGUCAACAUAAACAAGAAUGAGCUCUUUUAAGUUCUUACUCAGUCUUCUUAUUUUAAACAUUUUUUGCGUGAAUUAACUUUAUUUUAUUUAUGACUCUCUCCAGUUUCGAACUAAAAUCCAAGACUUUCGUCAUAGAAUAUGCGCAUAAGAUUCUGUAAAAUGGUUUUAAUUUUAUGUAGUAAAACUACGACAAUGAAAUUUCAAAUAAAUAUAAGUUUCAGAAAUCAA